CAGAACCUUAAAUGAAAUAAGGAUGUAAUAGUCAGAUAGUGAGAGUGAACUAAGUUAUUGUAAGGGAACUGGAAGUUGGAAAUGAGUUGAUUAAUAUGGCGGAUGAUGAUGGAGAUGGGCUUAGUGAAGUUGACAAGGGGACCAUAUUGAUGCUAUGCUUGUCGCUAGGCCUUGCCGUCUUUGCUGGGUUCUGGUUUGGCUGUAAAUGGUACAGAAAAAAGCAUGGCAAACCAGUAGAGACGAGAACCGCUAGACCAAGAUUGAAGCAGACGUUCUCAAGAUUUUCACAAGUUGAUGAAGAAUUGACAAUGCAUCAUAUAACUGAAGAGGAUACGGAGAUUUUACAGUCAUACAGUGGUACACAAGAGCAGCAUAAGGAGCACACCGUUCAUAUGGAAAUGAAGACAAGUCCCGUCCUAGCAACACGAGCGUCAUCGGAAACAAAGAAAAAACCCUACCUAGAGACAGAUAUAUAGUGACUAAUCUUAAUCACGCAUUAAGUGAUUAUUUAUUUGUAUCUAAAAUAAAAGCGGACCGCAAGAUGCAGGCAUUGAGGAAAAAUAAAUGUCACCGACAAUAUAUAAAACAGUCAGGCAAACUGAACGUUUUACCAACAGUUAUUCAUCGCGCAGAAUUAAUCUAAUAGUUAACUUUUUGGACAGUUCAUACUUGACAAAUAACUUCUUACCAAAUACAAUGUUUACAUAGGCAGCUUGAAUAACAUUUUAAACAAAUACUAGUACUAAACGGUAUUUGUUACAAACAAUGGGAGACAACCAUACAUCUUAAAUUAAAUUUAAUUAUCAAAUAUACAUUUACUUCGUUUCUAUCUUCACCUACAGAUAGAGUCAUGCUGAAUAAAGAGUCAUGCUAUACUGAAUAAACUAGAAAAAAAUAAUCUUAAAGUAAAUAGUGCUUAUGGGUCAUGAAAAAUAAAAUAAUAGUAUACAGUUAUUUCAUAUGUGAUUUGGGAACAUUAAAACUUUUGGCCCGAGUUGGAAGGGAUAGUGUUUUCACUGUUUUCAACUGUUGCACAAGGCCGUAGGCCGAGGGCAACAGUUCAAAACACUACCCUCGACACCGAGGGACAAGUGUUUGACUGUUUACAAAUCACAUCUGACUACGUACAUCUCACAAAACUUACCGAAACUUACCGAAAAUAUAUUGUGUGCAUAGACCGUACAACUAGUACGUAUUUGACAGGUAAAUAACACAUCAAUUUAAAAAUGCAUGUUGAAAAAGUUAUUUAAGAAAUUUCAGUAUUUUAAAUAUAUAAGCAUGAGACAUCACAGUAUCAGACAUUAAAUUUUAACAAUACAUUUUACAAUAAAUGUGAAAUACCUCUUACUGUAACAGUAUAUGUGCAUACUGUAUAAUAUAUACAUGUAUAUGACGAGAUUAAAAAUUGGUAAAUGUCA